AUGGGCGACUAUGAUGCAAUAAAUGACGAAAUAAAGAACUUCCUGAGCCUUACGGAUAGAAGCCCACGCGAGGAUCGCCUUCCUUCCAAGGACAGAGGGACUAAUGAAGAGGAAGUCUCUACUCUGAUAGAUCUUCUUACUGGACUGCAAAAUGUGUAUAGCGAGAUCAACACAAAUCUUGCUGCUGGAGAUGGCGAAGGGCUUAAGAACAUUCUUCUGAACAGCGAUGUCAAGAUGUCACUUGUGUGUGAGUCUUUGAUGAGGGUGUUGAAGGAUGUGUCGCAGGAGAAGGUUGAGCUUGUAAGGAACGAAGAGAAGUACAAAGAAAAGAUAAAGAAGUUCAGCGAGGAGAAAGAGAACCUUGAGAUCAAGGUAAACAAGAUGGAAAGUGACCUUGAGUUUGCCAACAGAGGGAAUCAGGAGCUCAGCAGGAUUAUCAAGGAUCAGAAGAACAAGAUUCAAGGGUUUAAGGAGAAGGCAGAUCUUGAAAAGAGGAACUGCGACAGCUUCAGGUCUAUAAAUGAGGAGCUGGAGAUUCUAAGGAAGAAGGCCUUAGAAAAAUGCGAUGUGUACGAAAAGGAGAUAGGGGUGUUGAAGGAAUACAUUAAGGAAAGAAGCAUGGAGAUAGGGAGAUUGAAGGGAGAAUCCAAGGAGAGCGAAGAGGAAAGAGAGGGUCUUGGAAAGAAGAUAGUGGGGCUUGAGAAGAUCAACGAGAUGCUUCGAAAGAAGUUGGAGUUGAAGGAAAAUGCCAUUGGGAUGUGCAACUCUGAGCUGUCGAAGUUGAUUUCAAAGGAGAAAAGGAUGGAAAACGAGCUUGAGAAGACAAGAGAAAGAGCAUCUUAUUACGAAAGGCUUUAUAAGGCCACAAACAAUCAGAAUGAGUACCUAAAUAGACAGCUUUCCAAGAUGAUAAAGGAUACGGACAAAAUCGAGGUUCCUGAAUAUGAUCCGAACACACAGCAAGAGGUGACUGCAAUGUCGGAAGGGAAGAGCAGCAAAGGGACGGAGAAAAGCGACUUGAAGAGAAUAAAAAGAUAUAGGCGACGGAUCAGUGAAGAGAAAAGGACAAACGAGAAGCAGAGGGUAGAGAUGGAAGAUUUGGGACGAGAGAUUGAGGGGCUGAAAGGAGAGGUUUCAAGGCUCCAGGAAGAAAGAACAAAGAUUGUUAGCGCAAACAGUAAAAUGAUGGAGGAGCUAAUGAGCAAGAUAGAAAAGCUGCUUGAGAAGAAUCGAGAAUACCAGAAUGUGAUCUAUGAGCUUCGAGGGAAAGGGGGAAGGGAGGAAAAAAGCCGAGUAGACUUCAACGAAAGCUUUAGGACAGUGAAUGAUGGAGAGAACGAUCAUAGAGAGAAGGAAGAUCUUUUCCUCCCUCGAAUUCUUGGAAAAGACGAGUUCUGGAGAGACAGAAGUGAUUUGAAGCCGCUUAUUUCCGAAAAAGAUUACAAAGAAAAAAUAGGGGAGAAUGAAGCGGGAAAUGGAUUUGGAGCAAAUAGGAUUUAUGGAGAAGGGCUCAGAAACAUUCCCUCAAGGCUGAGUCAUCUAAAGAAGCAGCAAGAAACGGGCAUGGAGAAUAGGAGUCCGAUUAGACUUAAUCUUCCGGAUAGCUUCUUCAGUAGUCUUGCGAAACCUAAGGAAGAAGAGGGUUUGAAAGACGAAGGAGAAUUAGAUGAGGACAGGGGAGAGAAUCGAGAGGGGUAUUAUAGGGAAGCAGCAUAUCCCGAAGAUCCAUUUGGAAGCACAAGCAACAAAUACCACAAAGACGUGGUGGAAAACAAAGCCGAAUCGGACACUAGUGGAACAUCUCCUAAGACAAUUCGGACGACCUCUACUCUUCAUGAGAUGUUAAGGAGGACUGAUGCUUUGCAAGAGAAGUUUGACAAAUUAGAAGACCACCUUAAUGCGAUAAAGAGUAGUGAUAAGGUUGAUGCCGAGAAGGUGCAUGACCAAAUUGAAGCUUAUAAGAAUUAUUACUACUCUGAUUACCUAGAUAUGUCGAACGAAUCUGAUGUUAUUUAA